CUCAUCACCCGGGGUGUGACUGGUGCUCUCCCUCCAAGGACCCUUGCGUGAUGUCCACUGUGAUCCCGGCCUCCAGCCUCAGUUCCCCAGAUCGAUGUUGCCUUGUAGCCCCGUCCUGCCUCAGUGCAGGUAGAAGCACUGCCUGCUGGGAGACAAUCAACACAUUUACCUCGGAUCCCAGCAAUUCCAGGGUGGUCGAUACUCCAUGCCGAUGUGUCGGGAAUGGCAGAGAGACCUGGGAUCCACAAGCGUCCACAGAUUGGAGCGACAUUUUGGAGCCGAUGAUUACAGGGCAGCUGAGCAAGCCGCUGCUCUCCCUGCGCGGCGACAUGGACGCUUCCGAGCUCCACGCGGACGACAAGCCGGGCAGCCCUGACAGCGACCUGACUGACGAGCCCCUGCUUAUGUCCGCCGACGCCGACGACAAGCUCUACGGUGCCCGUGGCGGCUCUGCCCAGUCUGAUGCCAGCAGCAGCCCCUCAGAGCAGAGUCAGCUGGGGCAGUCUCACCCAGCUUAUCCCGUUGGACCACAGGUGGGCAUCUCACCACUAUCUGUGUCUCUCCUGGUAGCGCAGCAGCUGGCGUCUGCCGUGAGCGGGGUGAUGUCUGGGGGCGCGCCGGGCCUCAACCAGCCCAUCCUCAUCCCCUUCAACGCGGGCGGGCACCUGGGCGGCCAGCAGGGCCUGGUCCUCUCCCUGCCCACCGCCAACAUCCAGGGGCUGGUGGCAGCGGCGGCGGCCGGAGGACUCAUGACCCUGCCCCUACAGAACCUGCAAGCUACCUCGUCCCUGAACUCACAGCUUCAGCACCUGCAGCAGCUUCAGCAGAUGCAGCAGCACCACCAGCAGCAGCAGCAGCAGCAGCAGCAGCAACAGCACCAUCAACAGCAACAACAGCAGCAGCAGCAGCAGCAAUCACAGCUCUGCAGCCAGUCCCACCUGCCGGGAGCCAAUCACAUGGCCCCCCACCACCCGCUGAGCCCUGCCAGCCAACAGCAGUCCUCCUCUGGCUCCUCCUCUUCCUCAGCCUCCUCCAAUCUCGGCUCAGCACAGGCCCCACAGUCCCCGCCCCACAGGCAACAGAACCAGUCGCCUGCACGCAGCCUGCCCUCACCAGUGACCCCUCCCAUGCCACUUCCGCUCAACCCUCUGGCCAGCCAGGCGGCCGUGGCAGCAGCGGCGGCCAUGGGCUCCAUCGCCGGGUCCCAGGUGUUUGGCAAUGCACUUUCCAGCCUGCAGGGCGUCACGGGCCAGCUGGUUACCAAUGCCCAAGGACAGAUAAUUGGAACAAUUCCUUUGAUGCCUAACUCGGCGGGACCUGGGAGCCAAUCAGGGGGAGGGAAUCCUGCCCUGCAGGUCCAGCCAAUCACGCCUCAGCUGCUGACCAAUGCCCAAGGCCAGAUCAUUGCCACGGUGAUCGGCAACCAGAUCCUGCCAGUCAUCAACACCCAGGGAAUCACGCUGUCGCCAAUCAAGCCUGGACAGCAGCUGCCUCAGGCCCAGCCGGCUCCGUCGGGACCCCCAUCCAGCCAGGCCAACCUGCUGCGUCUCCCCCACAGCCAGAGCCCUCUCCGCCAGGCCUCCUCGUCCUCCUCCACCUCCUCCUCCUCCUCCGCCCUCAGCGUGGGACAGCUGGUCAGCAACCCCCAAACUGCUCCAAGUGAGGUGGAUGGCGUCAACCUGGAGGAGAUCCGCGAAUUUGCCAAAGCGUUCAAGAUCCGCCGCUUGUCUCUGGGACUGACACAAACUCAGGUGGGCCAGGCCCUCAGCGCCACAGAGGGACCUGCCUACAGUCAGUCUGCCAUCUGCAGCUGGACCGGGAAGCCCCACCAGGUAACAGAGACGGGCAGGAUGGCUAUGGCUGAGGCAGGGCACCGGAGUAAGAUUCUUCUCUCUCAAUUCUCCCCUAGACACACCAUCCUGAGAGGCCACUUUUACCUACCACAGGAAGCCCAAGAGAACUCUAUAGCUAGCGGUUUGACAGGCAAACUGAACCCUGGCCUUUUAUAUCCUGCCAGGUUUGAGAAGUUGGACAUCACUCCAAAAAGCGCCCAGAAGAUUAAGCCCGUUCUGGAGCGCUGGAUGGCCGAGGCAGAGGCCCGGCACCGGUCCGGCAUGCAGAACCUGACUGAGUUUAUCGGCAGUGAGCCGUCAAAAAAGCGCAAGCGGCGGACCUCGUUCACCCCUCAGGCCCUGGAGAUCCUCAACAGCCACUUCGAGAAAAACACACACCCGUCCGGGCAGGAGAUGACUGAGAUCGCUGAGAAACUGAACUAUGACCGCGAGGUGGUCCGUGUCUGGUUCUGCAACAAGCGGCAGGCGCUGAAGAAUACAAUAAAGCGCCUGAAGCAGCCAGAGAUGGGCCCCAUGGAUGCUCCCAUGGACCCCCUGGGAGAUUCCUUGGAGGAGCACCCCUAAUUGAACACACCAAAACAGGACGGGCCAAUUGCCAGUAAACACCAAACCUGCUCACCACAAAAGGGACAACCCACCCCAUAAACAGCUAAACUCUGGGGACUAAAAGAAAGGACAA